AUGGCUGUCGUGGACGACUUGUGCCCAGCCCCGAAUGGGUUCAGCACCGAGGAGGACAGCCGGGAUGGGCCGCCCGCCGCCCCCUUUUACGGCCAGAGCUGCUGCCUCAUCGACGACGGGGACCGCUGCGUGCGCCCCGCCGGCAACGCGUCCUUCAGCAAGAGGAUCCAGAAGAGCAUCUCGCAGAAGAAGCUGAAGCUGGACAUCGACAAAAGUGUGAGACAUCUGUAUAUUUGUGAUUUUCACAAGAACUUCAUUCAGAGUGUUCGGAACAAAAGGAAGAGGAAGACGAGCGAUGAUGGAGGUGACUCUCCUGAGCACGACACGGAUGUUCCAGAGGUUGACUUGUUCCAGCUCCAAGUGAACACCCUACGACGUUACAAGAGACAUUAUAAGUUGCAGACUAGGCCUGGACUCAACAAGGCUCAGCUUGCAGAAACUGUCAGUCGUCAUUUCAGGAAUAUUCCAGUGAAUGAGAAGGAGACACUUGCAUAUUUCAUCUACAUGGUGAAGAACAACAAGAGCAGGCUGGACCAGAAAUCAGAAGGCAGCAAGCAGCUUGACUGAAGAUGAACAAGGCUUGGAAUAAGAGAGACCUCGAAGGAAUGUGUGGUAUUGUGCAUUUUAGGUUUAUAAAAACUGUUAAAGUAUAUUGUAAAUUUUUUUUAAAUGCAGUGUCUGGAUGACAGAAAAAAAUAUAGACAUUCUUAUGAGGAGUAUUUGAAAACAUGUGCCCAGCAUGUUUCCGAAGACUUCUUCCCCUCAUUUCAAAGUCAUAUUGGAAUAAAGAAAUGAGGAUAAUGGGGAAACCAAAUAAAUCUGUAGAACUGUGGAGUUUGUCAACUUGGUGUUUUAAACCAUUUCUGGAAAUCUACAUCUCAGUGCAAUUCAAAUGCCAGAUGGAAUUUUUUUCACUGAAUUCAGGCUGCAUCACAAACCACCGUGCAGUUUGUCUUGGUACAGGACUGGAAGAGCAGCAGAGAUAAGAUUCAUUAUCAAGGUGCAUGGGUCAGAAGUUUGUCUGAAGCUUGCUGCUCACCUACACAUGCUCUGUCUUGCCUUGAGUCAGUGCUUCAAGUCCCAAACUUCUACAAAUGCUCCAGCUCACCAGAUCUACUCCAGUGAACGCUACUUGACCAGUCUGAAAUUGAUGGGGUUUUUUUGCCAUUUUUUUCCUCCUGACCCCAUCCGACACAGAUGCCAACCAGCUCUCAGCAGUCUCUUUUCUAAUUUCUUUUAAGAACUCAGUAAUUAAAUUUUCUGUAAGCAUUUUUAAACUUCUGCAUUUCUCUGAAUGUGGUAUUAAGGCAAACACAACCUAUUUGCUAUGUCUGAUCGUGUUGGUAGAAGUGCUUAUUUAAUUGAUUUUUGCAUAUUUCAGUGAUGAUAGGUGAAACAAUGGCUUGAGACAUCAGUCUCUUAAUUUCUGUGUCAGGUCAGUAUCGGUCACAAGUGAUGUGCAUUUUAUGCUGAAGCUUUAGCAGGUGUCACAAACUGCUGUGUGCAUUCAGGGGCUCUGUUUAGUAUAAAGCAGAUUUAUGGGUGAGGCACCAUUACCAGGGCAGUGAUCUGACUGGAGCAUUUCAUGAUACAUUUCAUCUCCUUUGCAAUGGGCAAGAAGCAUCAAAGCAUUUGCCUUUCAUGAACAUUACAUGUGCUUUCAUGAGAGCUGUGUGAGUGAGGGUGGCACACUGGUGCUCCCUAACAGGGCACUGUAGGAGAUCACCCUGAUUUUAUUUAAAGCCGAGGUGUCCUUACAGAUAAUACAGUGAUUAUUUUGGCAAAAUGAACUUUUAAUGGUAUUGAUCAUGACUGACUGUUUUCCAGUGACCUCAAAUUCUCUUCAGGGGACCUCAUGAUUUAAAGCACCGCUCUGUUUCUUUGCUGUCCUGACCAGUCUCUCCAUUCUGGUACAAGAUGCCAAGACUCCACAUAGAGAGGAUGUUCUUAACAAGCCUUAAGCAACGAAAUGAACAGUAGAAAACCUUGGCUAGCAUUUUGUAAGUGGCAGGUUUUAUUAUUUCAAAACUGGAUGAAGCUUUGUUUAAGAGCUAAACACACUGGUCAUGGUCCCAGCUUAGUACUGCAUUGCAUUUUGUAAGGCAUGAAGGGUUCACUUAGUGAAGCUCUUGUUGAAGCUCUCCCAGGGUCUCUUUAAAAUUCAAGUCACAAUUUAAAGCAAGUUGUUCACAUCACUCUGAAUUGUUUGCUAAUACUCCAAAAACAUGUUCAACGAACUUCAGCAUGUCUUAAGUCCUGUGUCAUAGGCAGAAAUACUCUGUUGUGGUACAUGUCCCAUUUGUGACAUCUGGGGAGUGUGAUUGUUUCAGCAUUUCCUUGUUCAAUUCUGUAUGGAUUUUUAGAACAUCAUACAAGAGAAGGGUUCAAGGAAUGAGGAGAGAAUGUCUUGUGUCGGUAUUUCUUGAAUGUUUAAAAAUUUCCUAUUUGUGCUGGUCCUUUCCUUAUUGAAAGGGUGGAUAGUUUCCACAUCAGUCAACAUGAUCUGGCUUCUCUCGUUCAGGACAGAUGGUUAGAAGGGUACAUUCUCUGACUGCAUGCUAACCUUCAAAGGGCUCGUGUAAUCAGAGCAUGUUACCAAGGGAAAAUGUGUUUCUGAGUUGGGAGGGUUAUGCCUCAUAGAGAUUCUUCCCCUGUACUGGGCACUGGUGAGGCCACACCUCGAGUGCUGUGUUCAGUUCUGGUCCCCUCAGUUCAGGA